CUCGAAAGAAUAUUUUCCCCACCCGCAGCUUGCCUAUACCCCAUCAUCUCCACCACGAUCGCCUGCAGGUGGGCUGUCCAGAGAGGUAGACAUCUCAAAUCCAAGGUCAGGUCCGACAAACCAUCACGGCGGGCGACGAUAACGACGACGACGGCAAACGAAACAGCCUCCCUUUUGUAUUUUUCCCCCGACUUGCGCGAGAGCCUGUUUUAUCUUUACCACGCGACCGAGCCCACGGCCUCAGGCUACCCAACUCCAGCACAAUGUGUAAACACGUUCUAAAUGCGCAAGUGGCUGUGCGGUCACCAUGUUGCAAGAAGUGGUUCGACUGCGCCGACUGCCACCAGGAGCAGGAGACGCACCCGCUGCUGCAGCGGUUCGAGAUGAUAUUCGCGUGCAAGAAGUGCAAGAAGUGCUUCCGCAAGGACGCGCAGGAGUUUGAGGAGGCCGACGAGUACUGCCCGCACUGCGACAACCACUUCAUCAUCCCGGCCAAGACGCCGCAGGCCGCCAUCUCGGUCGAGAGCGAGGACGUGCGCGUCGACAAUCGCAUGCUCAAGGACGACCGCGUCAAGACGGAGGACAUGCGGACCGUCUUCGACCCCGAACCCAAUGUCGAGAAGCUUGGUUGAAGCUGUGUGCUAGAGGAGAGGGCUUGCCGACGAAUGGGGUACAGAGAGAGAGGCAGAGAAAGGGAAUCAUGAUCUGGAGAACAUUACUACUAUAUCAUGUCCGGGAAGGAUCAGGCUAACUAACCUGCAAGAGUUUGGCCGUUGUUGCUGUUGUUGAAAAAAGUAUACCCAAG